CAUUUGUAGCAAAACGACUCCUGCAUACGUUGAAUGUUGCCGUGUAACCUUGGUCUUGAUGGGUUUUUAAUCCGAAUUCUGAGCAAAAAUCUGCCUCUGAUCAAUGUUCCCUCAAGAAAACGCGAGCGUCAUAAUUAGCAACAGUGCGAGUGGGAAGUAAAGGGGGGCUUUUGCUUCUUUUAACGGUGGAUUUAUUACAGUUUCGUGGACAUUUUAUAGCACUGCUUGGAGGGAAUAAAGAGUUUCCUCUAACCUAGGGAACGGGUGUUAUGGAUGUGCGGAGAGAGAUUUUAAUUUGAUUGCAAAUUUCAUUUGAUCACUGAAGUUUGUUGUUGUUGUCCUGAAUGGAAACUCGACUUUCUCCAGCCAUCACAUUUCACGAUCCUUCCAUUGUCAAUUUUAGGACCUUUUAAAAUAGCUAUUAAACACAUAAGGAUGUUUCAGACAGUACCAGACACUUCGUCUUACGUCAAGGUAAGACAUGACAGCAUCUUUAAACAGGAGGCCCUUUCGGUGGUGAGUGACGACCAGUCCCUCUUCGAUUCCACGUACGGUGCUGCCGCUCACCUCCCCAAGCCGGACAUGACGGCCUCAGGGAACCCCGACUACGGCCAGCCACACAAAAUCAACCCUUUACCUCCCCAGCAGGAGUGGAUCAAUCAGCCGGUCCGGGUCAAUGUCAAGCGGGAAUAUGAUCAUAUGAACGGAUCCAGGGAGUCGCCGGUAGACUGCAGCAUUAACAAAUGCAGCAAACUGGUGGGCACGGGGACAGAGUCCAACCCGAUGAGUUACAGCACCUACAUGGAUGAAAAGAAUGGCCCUCCCCCAAACAUGACCACCAAUGAGAGGAGAGUCAUCGUCCCAGCAGAUCCCACCUUGUGGACCCAGGAACACGUGCGCCAGUGGCUGGAGUGGGCUAUAAAGGAGUAUGGAUUAAUGGAGAUUGACACAUCCCUCUUCCAGAACAUGGACGGCAAGGAACUGUGCAAAAUGAACAAAGAAGGUUUCCUCCGAGCCACCUCCCUUUACAACACAGAAGUUCUGUUGUCUCACCUCAGUUACCUCAGGGAAAGUAGCUCAUUGCUGGUCUACAACACUCCAACCCACACAGAACCCUCCUCACGACUUGCGGCCAAAGAAGAUCCCUCCUACGAUGCGGUCAGGAGAGCCGGAUGGGGCAAUAACAUGAACUCCAGCCUCACCAAAAGUCCCCCGGUUGCAGGGACUCAAACUGUGAAUAAGAAUACAGAACAGCAACGGCCGCAACCAGAUCCCUAUCAAAUUCUGGGACCCACCAGCAGCCGCCUAGCCAACCCAGGGAGCGGGCAGAUCCAGCUGUGGCAGUUCCUCCUUGAAUUGCUCUCGGACAGUUCCAAUGCCAACUGCAUCACGUGGGAGGGGACCAAUGGGGAGUUCAAGAUGACAGACCCCGACGAGGUGGCCAGGCGCUGGGGAGAGCGCAAGAGCAAGCCCAACAUGAAUUAUGACAAGCUGAGCCGAGCCCUCCGAUACUACUAUGAUAAGAACAUUAUGACCAAAGUGCAUGGCAAAAGGUAUGCCUACAAAUUUGACUUUCAUGGCAUUGCCCAGGCUCUCCAGCCUCAUCCAACUGAGUCUUCAAUGUACAAGUAUCCAUCAGAUCUUUCCUAUAUGCCUUCUUACCAUGCCCACCAACAGAAGGUGAACUUUGUGCCCCCCCAUGCUUCCUCCAUGCCUGUCACAUCAUCCAGUUUCUUCGGAGCAGCAGCAUCCUAUUGGACCUCCCCUACGGGCAGCAUCUACCCAAACCCCAAUGUCCCACGUCAUCCCAACACUCAUGUACCAUCGCACUUGGGCAGCUACUACUAGAUGUUUUGUACCUUCAGUGGCCUUUAUCAAUCUGGUUGGAUGCUCUCUUUACUUCUGGGAUUUUCUGGACCAUUUUUGGGUAUUUUGUGGCCAUUGUUGGGUGGGGGGAAUUAAAAACUGGAUAUUAGUUAUUCUUGGAUCAAACCUUCUCUUUUUUUUUUUUUUUUUGUAAUUUUGCCUCUUCUAUCUUGAACUCAGAGAUGGAUACCUCUGCAGGCCAGUACUCUGUGUUUUUAUUUUGGUUCUAAGACUUAUGUCCUCUGUAGAAAUUGUCCGUGAAGAUUGCUCACCACAACCUGGAAUGAUUAUCAGCAUUUGAAUUUUUACAAGACAAGAGAAAAAAAUUUUUAGCAGUCCGAAGACUCUUAACAAGACAUAGAUCCAGCCGUGGGUCUUAGAAGAA